AUGGCUUCACAUGGACUAGCUAACCCCAAUCACUUGGACCCGCGAGCUGUUCGUGUACUUGCGCCGAGGAUGUCGCCCAUCAUCACAGAUGAAUCCGUAAGCAUUGUACUGACAGACGACUACCGUCUCAAUCCCUACCUCGUUCGCAAGGGUGCUGGCAUAACUGUUGCCGGUAUAGUCAUUGCUGGAGCGUGUAGCGUACCUCUGCGAUACGUGAUGGGUACUGAUCUUGACCCCGAGCAGAUGUGGCUGAGUGUGCCACGGCGACAUGGACUUCGCAUUAUACACUCCGAUUGGGUUCUUCACUUUGAUUGCAACCCUGACUUGAUGUUGGCAAGACCUGUAGAGGAGCAGAAUGCGUACUUGGCGACUCGGGAUCAUCUGGGUCUGCCCGAAUUACGGUGGGCUGCAGACCUUCGGUUCAUGGCCGAGCGGUACGACCAAGCACUUCGGAGUGUAGUUAAGGCAACGUCAGUGGCAGGUGGAGAGAGGAUGAAUGAGGACAGGGCCAAAGAAGGUCAACGUAGGAUCUUCUCGAGUCACCUUUGA